AUGAUGAAACAAUUAGUUGUAUUAAGAAAACAAGCUGCUGAAAUUCGUAGAGCUUUAGCUGAACAAAUUCGUUCAAUUAGAAAAAUUAGAAGAACCCAAAGAAAGAGAUUAAGAAGACAAAGAAGAGUUGCAGGAAAAACUGUCAGAAGACAUUUAAGACAAUUGAUGAAAGAUUUAAGAAGACAAUACAGAAAUAAACCAAGAGAAUUCUAUCAACAAUUUAAAAGUCAAUCAAGAAAAGUUUUUAAUAUAAGAAAGUGUCAAAAAUUCCACAAACUUUGCAAAAAGAUAGUCAGAAGAUUUAAUCACAAAGCCAGAAGAGUUCAAUCUAAAUUAGAACGUAUUAUUCAAUUAAGAAAACACAUAUCUACUGUUGCUAAUAAGAAAGUUUCUAAAGCAGUAAAAUCUAGUUUAUAUCACUUCGAAAAACAUUACAAAUCAAUGGAUAAGAAUCACGCCAUGAUUAAGAAUGCAUUCGUGCAAACAAAAUGCAAAUAA